AUGUAUGUGGACACCUUUAGCUGUGAUUUCCAGACUGCAGACUCUUUAUAUACUUAUUGCAUAUGUUGGUAUUUCAAAUGUGAAAUUCUGCCAAGGUUCAUCUUUGUACCCUGUUUCCUGCCAGGAGCGGAGCUCUCUUGUAUCAUUAAAAACAGCAACACAAAUGACCCACGCAUUGAAUGGAAGAAGACCCGUAAUAACGAGACUACCUAUGUCUAUUUUGAGAAUAAUAUUCAAGGAGACUUGAAAAAUCGUGCUGAAAUUCAGUCCCAGAGCUCGUUGGUUAUAUUUAAUGCCAGCCGGACCGACACUGGAACAUAUCGCUGCGAAGUGGCCGCUGUGGACGACCAGAAGAAUUUAGCGGAGAUUAUCAUUAAUCUCACUGUCAAAGUAAAACCAGUGACUCCCCAAUGCCGAGUGCCCAAGUCUGUCCCAGUGGGAAAGUCUGCCGUUCUGCAUUGCCAGGAGAAUGAGGGUUACCCCAGUUCUGUGUAUCGAUGGUAUCGCAAUACUGACGCACUGCCAGAUGACUCCAAAACCAGCCCAAAAUUUGUCAAUUCAUCUUUUACCUUAAACACCAAUACUGGAACCUUGGUGAGACUAGUGGCAACCCUGGCAUAA